CCCUAAACUUCAGCCUUCAGGCUAAAGGCUGAAAGCUCCCUGCAGUGUCCUGCAGGCCGCUGCUAACCAUCAAAUGUAAAGCCAUUUGCUGGUCGCAUUGGGCCAGCUCAGAGGAGAUCGCCCUGGAGUCCUUCUUCCCCCUCUGCGCGUCAGCUCUUCUUCUCUAUGGCCCCCCAUCAGCUGGUGCUGGUGGUGGAGGGCAAUCUGGUGAUGCUCCCCUACUGGCCCGCCAUUCGCUCAGAAUACAUAGACCCAAUUAUUGCAGGCUUGGCUUCAGACACUCAGGGCCUCACAGAAAGCCCCGAGUACGCUCUAGUUGUUUUCUAUACGCUCUCGUUCCAGAGCAGUUGUCUCCUGCAGCAGACUGGCUGGACGAACAAUGUUGAGGAGUUUGGCGGGUGGUUGAGCAGGAUUGACUUUUGUGGGGGGGGGUGCGCGGAGGCGGCUGUUGCUGAGGGACUCGCUGAGGGGCUUGCGAUGUGCAAAGACCUCCCGAUGUCUAGCCCCCACAGCCGCCAUUGCCUCUUAAUUGGCACCACCCAGCCCCACAAGUUCCCCUCCGCCCUUCGCUGCCCCCCUUCUUCCCUGGGGUCUCAACACGGGGCAACCAACACCCCCUGCUGGCUCGCCGACGCACACAAUGUCGCGAGCGCCUUUCCGCGCUGUGGGGUAUCGCUCUCAGUCAUUUCGUCCCCCCUGGUUGGGCCGAAAAACGUCCCGCAAGUGUCGGGCCCGUACGCGGCGCUGUUUCAGAUGGCGAUGGAGCAGCCCGGGGGGGUGAGGGACGUGUUUGAGGGGAUGUCGAAAAAGUUUCCGCACCAUAUGGUGCUCAUUUCGGAGCGGUUCGUGUCAGCUCGACGAGCCCUGCGACCUCACGACACUCCUCCCCCAACCAUAGUCCCCCACAUGCCCUCUCCCCCCCUCCACUUAUCCAUACCUUCAGCCGCCCCUAGUUCUUCCAGCCAGGGGUUACCCGCUACCCCCCUCGCCAGUAGCUGGUCCUCAAAUCGCGCCCCCCCAGAAAAUAACCAAGCUACCAUGAACCAGCAGGGCCAGCAGGCCUCCCAAAACGGGGGGGCAGCAUGGCACCGAAACCCACCCCCCCCUCAAAACCCGCAGCAAGGGAGUGCACUCCCCCAAAAGCCGAUGGCGUCUUCAGGAAGCGCCGAAAGCUUAGAAAUACUCGGGAGCAAUCCCGCGCCCCCGCCUCUGCGGAGGCACACGACCCCCCCUGCGGCCCAGCUAAACCCCCCCCCAGAAGCACACAGGCGGCAUCACACGGCGCCGGCCGCGCUUCGGGGGGGUCUUGCGGCCCAGCAGGGCUCCCCCCAGGAUUCGCAGCGGCAGUCUGGGGAGGAGGGGGGGUCGCAACAGAUGGUCAGGGUUUGGGCGGGGCAGCUAGUGUUUUCGUUGCAAGGGAAGGAAGUGCCGAUGUGCCCUUUGGAGGCGUUUCUGCUAGAAAACAAAAUGGUUCACGGGCUAACCCGCGACUGGCCACCCAAGCUCGUGGGUGCAAAGCUGGUCAAGCAAGCAGACGCGCGGGCUUCGUUGCCGUUCCAGAACGCCAUUGAGAGCAUCAUCUUCAAACCGGGCAAGCCGAUGCACCCCGGCCUGUCGAAGCUCGCCGCCCAGCAAAUGGGCGUAAUGGUCGAACUCCCCCGGCAGUAUAUGGCUCUCCUCUACGUCGAAGACAAGAAGAAGUUGCUUGGUUUGUACUGCCCAAAAAAGCUCGAAUGACGCCUUGGCGUGUGAAGACUAAAGCAGACGGCCACAAGUUGAUCGCAAAGCAUGUGUCGACGUCGUGUUAGCUAGACCCCCGUCUGGAACCGGGGCUGGAGUAGUCAGCGUCAGAAGGUAUUGUGGUCCGGUGACAGACGUCAGUAGUGCGCGCUCGCUGACGGUUAUUUGUCGCCUCCUACUUGACUGAGCGGCCCGCGGGUCUCAGGAUGCAUGCACGGAUGUUACGAUUGAACCCUAUUAAUCAUCGCGAUUGGACGCUAGGAGCCGCCGAGGGUCGAGAACGCAUCAGGCAGCUGCACUGGAACCUCAUAUGGCUUAUCCGUACAGAUCAAACGCGUCAUGAAGAAGCAGUGCUUUUCUCAGUCGCCCG